GGGGUUAGCCAAUGAAACAGUCUGUUACUACAAGUUCUUGGUGUGCGGUGCACGGAACUGUGGGUAUCCCACUAGAAACAUCAACGUUGAUUGGUUAAUCAAAUGUCUGACGUAAUAGGAUCAAAAGUCGCUCGUAUGACCUCUGACCGACCUUCCACUACAACCGGUCUGAUCUUCAUGUAGUGUAGGCCAUCCAAAGUAUAAAAAAACGAAACGUAAUAUAGAUCUGUGAAAAAUCUUUGAUGUGCCUCUUUUUAAUGCGAUUAAAUCCAAGCUGAGAGAUUAUGGGGGUACUCGAUUUCAAAAAUAGUGACAAUCGAGUGAAAAGAUGAUUUCGGGCUACUGCCCAUGCGUCGACUGAAUAAGUAAAUAUCUCAACCAACCGUGUAGCCGAAACCUUUUAAUUACGUCACGAUUCUACUCACACCACCUCCGUUGUCGGGACUGACAGAACUGUGACAGAACUGAAUUCCGCGUUACUCGAUUGCAAUUCUGUCAAUUCGGGACGUUCUGGACUGUGAAUCGAGCAUCCCCUAUUAUUUACUGUUGGUAUUUUGAUUUUGUUUUCUUAAUGAAAUGUUAAAUGGUCCAUGUUUUUUUAAGAAGAUAUCCCAAGGUCAUGGAUAAAUAUUCUCCUCAGUUCAUUUGCAACUGUCUCUUUGAUUGAAAAUAAAAGAAAUGACGCAUGACAUGAUUUAUUUUGUAGCGGGAGCCCAGUGUGGUGGUGAAUUAACAGAAGAUCAGGGAAUAGUUAUCUCCCCUAAUUAUCCGAACGCAUAUACCCAUAAUGCACAGUGUGUCUGGACAAUCCGAGUUACACCUGGAGACACGAUUAGCCUGACAUUUACGAACAUGGAUCUUGAGAGUCAAGCUUCAUGUCGAUAUGAUUUUGUUGAGGUUCGAGAUGGUGAUGAACAGACUUCACCUGUUAUUGGUAAAUACUGUGGAACGAAUAUACCGUCUGUUCUCUCCAGUUCCAGUAACGUCAUCUGGAUCAUGUUUAAAUCAGAUGCUUCACAACGUGGAAGUGGAUUCCGAGCCACCUGGGAAGCAGCUUGCGGUGGAACAUUUACAGAAUCUAGUGGAACUCUUCAAUCUCCAUCAUACCCUAAUAGUUACCCCCACAAUAAAGAAUGUGUGUACCUGAUUAACCAGCCUGCUGGAUAUAGAGUUGUCCUCACUUUCAGUGGUUUCGAUAUAGAGGGAGCUACCAGUGCAGGGUCGUGUAAUUAUAACUAUGUCGAGAUACGAAAUGGUGGCGGGGCAGAUUCUCCAGUACUGGGUAAAUUCUGCGGAACUCAGGUUCCAGCUGUUCAACAAUCUACGCAAAACUUGAUGUGGAUCAAAUUCAAGACGGACGGAUCAGUUAGCAAUAAUGGUUUCCAGGCAACCUUUACAAGAGAGGAAGCUGUUUGUGGUGAAAUUUUAACAGAUACAACCGGAUCCCUGACGAGUCCUGGUCACCCCAAUCCAUAUCCACAUGGUGCUAACUGUACCUGGCAUAUCACCGUUACCCCUGGUUACAUUAUCAGACUUACAUUCCAUUCGUUUUAUAUAGAGUCCGACAUCUGUAACUGUCGCCGUGACUACGUUCAAAUCUACGACAAAGCUAUGGUUAACACCAGCAGCAGUCUAGGACGAUUUUGUGGAUCUGUUCUACCACCAGUUUUAACAUCAACAAGUAACACAAUGACUGUUAGAUUCGGUUCCGACUCAAGUAUCGCUCAUGAAGGUUUCUCCGCCUCCUAUCUUUCCCUCAACGCCAGUACACUGUGUGGUGCCGCCCUAACCGAUACUUUCGGUGUUAUCACUAGUCCCAAUUAUCCAGGUAACUAUCCACAUCAACGGGAAUGUAUCUGGACUAUCUCAGUUCCCGAUGGAAACCAGAUUUUAUUAAAUGUGACAGAUUUCCUGAUGGAGAGCCAUGUCAACUGUAACUAUGACUACCUUGAGAUCAGAAAUGGAGGAUAUCAGACGUCACCAUUGGUUGGUAAAUAUUGUGGCAGAACCAUUGAUAAUAUCAUUGUCUCCCAUAGCAACAGAAUGUGGUUAAAAUUUAAAACAGAUGUAUCACAGUCAGCUCGUGGAUUCAAGAUUCUUUAUGAUGGAACAUCUACAGGUUGUGGAGCCGAUCUAACGUCGUCUACAGGAAGUUUUAUAUCGCCCAACUACCCUAUGACAUACGCUCAUAAUUCCGAAUGUUUCUGGACUAUAACCAUUAACCAAGGUAACACAAUAACCUUGACCUUCGCUGAUUUUGACCUUGAAGCACAACAUAACUGUCACUAUGAUUACUUAAUGGUGCGGGAAGGAAAUGAAUACGGGGAAAAACGAGGUAAAUUCUGUGGUACGCCGAUUCCCUCUCCAAUCCAAUCACGUACGAACAAACUAUGGAUAAAAUUUCGAGCAGAUUUUAGUGCUGCAGGACGUGGUUUCCAGGCAACCUAUGUUACCAACUGUAAUACCAGAUUAACCAGUCACGAUGGUGUAAUAGAAAGUCCCAAUUUCCCUAACAGCUAUCCUCAUAUACGUAACUGUACCUGGGUAAUACAGACAACAAUGGGCAACAAGAUCAACGCCUCCUUCUCACAUUUUGACCUUGAAGGCUCAGCUACCUGUUCCUAUGACUACCUACAGCUGUUUGAUGGUAACAGACCAACAUCUAAUUCGAUUGGUCGAUAUUGUGGUAAUACCAUCCCACCUUCUAUAUCAACCAAUGGUUCAUCUCUAUCUCUCAAUCUGGUUACAGAUCAAUCCGUAGCUGGAAAUGGUUUUAGACUUGAAUGGAUAACAGACGGCUGUGGUGGAGAAUUAUUCACGGCCACCGGAACCUUUACCAGUCCUAACUAUCCCAACGCUUACCCAAAUCGUAGAGAAUGUAUCUGGAAGAUCACCGUGGGAACAGGCAAAUCUAUUCAACUAACGAUUAAUCCGUUUGAUUUAGAAUCUCAUUCUAACUGUAAUUAUGAUGUAUUAGAUAUCUAUGGUGGACCGGAUGAUUCAGCUCCUAGAAUCGCUCAUCUGUGCCACACCAAGACAACACCUCAAGUUGUCCAGACUACCGGAAACACCAUGUUUGUACGAUUUAAAUCAGAUAGCCGUAUCUCCGGAACGGGAUUUAGCGCCACCUAUCAAUCCCAAACAGGAGGAUGUGGAGGUAACUUUAGUACACCAAGUGGUACGAUCGUAUCCAAGAACUACCCCAGUAAUUAUCCCCAUAAUACGGACUGUCAGUGGUUGAUCACAGUCGAGGAGAAUCAACCAGUUGUCAUCACAUUUAAUGAUUUUGACGUGGAGGGAAGUUCAACUUGUAACUACGACUAUGUAGCAAUUUAUGAUGGUUGGGAUACGUCGUUUCCUGAGUUAGUGAAACAUUGUGGCACGUCUCUUCCUAUUCCAAGUGUUUACAGAUCGUCCAAUAAUCAGGUUUAUAUCAGACUGAGAUCAGAUGGCGACUUUGCAGCACGAGGUUUCAAAGCUAGCUAUGUAACAAGUUGUGGUGGUAGAAAGAAUUCUGAAACUGAUGGUGCUAUCAUGUCCACUAAUUAUCCCCAGGCGUACGACAGGAACAGCAACUGUACAUGGUUAAUCAAGGCUGAUCAUAAUAGUGACCGAAUAACCUUGACCUUUACACAUAUGGAUGUGGAACAACGCGGAAGUGGAUGUAACCACGAUUAUUUACGCGUAUUGGAUGGUAAUGAUGUCAAUUCACCAGAAAUAGGAACAUACUGCGGUACUACUGUUCCUGCGCCAAUCACAUCCCAAGGCUCGGCCAUGUUUGUUGUAUUUAUUUCUGACGGAUAUUCCCAGAGUUCUGGCUUCAGGGCCACCUACACCAAGUCUGCUUCUAGUUGUGGUGGUGUGUUUACAGCUCAAAGUGGUUCAUUUACCAGUCCUUCAUAUCCCAAUAGUUACCCUGCAGCUACAGAAUGUGUCUGGACAAUCCAGUCUUCACCUGGUAAUAGUAUCUUGAUAUCAUUCAGUGUUUUUAACAUAGAAUCGAGUCCAUCAUGUGUUUCCGAUUACGUAGAGAUUCGACAAGUAAAUGCAGCAGGUAGUUUGAUUGGCCGAUAUUGUGGUUCAUCAAUACCUUCUAAUGUAACGACAGCUAAUGGAAUAUGGAUGAAAUUCCGAUCGAACAAUUUAACAACAGGCACCGGAUUUGUUGGGGAGUAUAAUUCCGUUUUUGGUGGUGAUUUGUCGGGUAGUUCUGGGCAGAUUUCCUCCCCUCUCUACCCAGGCCGUUACCCACACAGCUCUGACAGUACAUGGAAAGUUACUGCCCCUGUUGGUAUGAGAAUACGUAUAUCAUUUACAGCAUUUAAUGUGGAGGGACCAAGAGGUUCGGUGUGUGUCUGGAAUUAUGUCAAGAUUUUAGAUGGUGGGGCGUCUGACAGUCCCGAGUUGAUUCGUUAUUGUGGAUCGAAUAUCCCCGAUCCUAUUAUUAGCACAUCCAAUCAGAUGCAAGUUGUUUUUCACACUGAUAGGUACUCCAAUGGAAAUGGUUUCUUGUUGAAUUGGCAAGCUACGUCAGAUGUACCUAUCAGCUCCACGACCCCGGCACCAGGAACCACACAAGUUCCAGGAUGUGGUGGAACUCUUUACGCAACACAUAAUGCCCAGACUCUUCAAUCACCUGGUUAUCCAGGCGGUUAUCCA